GAUUGAGUUAGGAUCCGUUUUACUGUUACUGACAUGCCAUGGAUUUCGAGAAGAAGAGGGUUCAGUUUCUUGUAUUUGUCGCUUCCAUCAUUGUUCUUAGCAUCACCGCUGAAAAAUGCAGGCAACUUGUUGGCGAGAAGGCGUCAUCCCAAAGUGGAAAAUUUACAUUAUUCAAUUGCUUUGACCUGGGUUCUGGAACUUUGGCAUGUGGUGUCAAGGAAGGUGUGAAGCUUUAUAUUUACAAUAUUAGAGCUGCUCAUGUUGAAGGAGCAAAGCAUGAUGCAAUGCAGUCUGCCCUUGCUGAUGCUAUGUCACAGGGGAUGUCACCAACUGAAUCAGCAAAACAUGCUGAGAAAGAAGGUGCAAAGGCAGCAAAAUUGGCUUCCCGAAAAGCCAAGCGCAUUAUAGGUCCCGUAAUGUCUUCCGGAUGGGACUUUUUUGAAGCUGCAUAUUAUGGUGGUACUGUCACAGAGGGAUUCCUUAGGGGAACUGGUACUUUGUUUGGUACUUAUGCUGGAGGCUUCAUGGGGGAACAAAGGCUUGGGAGAUUUGGUUAUCUUGUUGGAAGUCACAUGGGGAGUUGGUUUGGAGGUAGAAUAGGACUAAUGCUAUAUGAUGUGGCUAAUGGAUUGCAUUUCUUGUUGCAAUUUGUUUGAAACAGAUGGAAGUGAAGUUCAAGAAACUUAAGCUCUCACCAUCAC